AUGGCGAAGCGCAAGGACAAGCUCGGCACGAAGGUCUACGAGGAAGAACUCGAAAAACUCCAGAUCGAGCUCGCAAAGCUGCAGUCUUGGAUUGCCGCAACCGGCCAGCGCAUCGUUGUUCUCUUUGAGGGGCGAGACGCCGCCGGCAAAGGCGGGACGAUCAAACGGAUCACCGAACCGCUCAACCCUCGCAUCGCGAAAGUUGUCGCCCUCGGAACGCCGACAGAGCGCGAAAAGACGCAGUGGUACUUCCAACGUUACGUCGCAAAUCUCCCGGCCGCCGGUGAGAUGAUUCUGUUCGACCGAAGUUGGUACAACCGCGCCGGUGUCGAGCGUGUGAUGGGCUUCGCGACGGAAGAUCAAGUGCAGCAGUUCCUGCACACCGUCCCGCAGUUCGAACGCAUUCCGACGGAACAGGAGCGGCGCUUUCAGUCGCGGAUCGAACACCCGACGAAACGCUGGAAAAUCAGUCCGAUGGACAUCGAGUCUCGGACGCGCUGGGACGAGUACUCACGCGCGAAGGACGAGAUGUUCGCGUACACCGAUAUCAAGCAGGCGCCGUGGUACGUCGUCGAAGCCGACGAUAAGAAACGUGCGCGGCUCAACUGUAUCUCUCAUCUGUUGUCGCUGCUUCCGUACGAGAAUCACAUUCGCGACAAAGUGAAGUUGCCGCCGCGUCCCGAUCGCACGAAGUACGUGCGGCCACCCUACGAAGAACAGAAUCUCGUCAAACGGCGCUACUAG